AUGAGUGCUAGAACACGACGGCAAAAAGCAGCUCUGGCUGCCAAAGGAGAAGAGAGUGAUGAAGGGAAUGGAGCCGUGCUCACUCCAACUCCUUCGAAGAAGGCAUCGAAAGAGCGCGACGAACCUCGAGAAAACGUGUUUUUGUUCGCGCCUAAUCUCAUUGGGUACUCUCGAGUUUUCUUAACCUUUGCGUCGCUGUAUUACAUGCCUCUACACCCUCGCACGUGUUCUCUUCUCUAUACUGUAUCGUGUCUGCUAGACGCACUAGACGGAUAUGCUGCGCGAUACUUUAACCAGUCUACGACGUUCGGCGCCGUGCUCGAUAUGGUCACGGACCGCUGCACCACGGCUUGCUUGUUGGUCUUUCUCAGCUCCGCUUGGCCUCGGUGGGCGAUCGUCUUCCAGGCCCUGAUUAGUCUCGAUAUGGCAAGUCACUACAUGCAUAUGUAUGCCACACUCAGUAUGGGUGGAUCGAACCAGAGCCACAAGAAAGUGGAUUCUACCCGUAGCUGGAUUCUUUAUCAGUACUACAACAGCAGAGUCGUCCUAUUCAUCUGCUGCGCACUGAAUGAGGCAUUUUUUAUCGGACUCUACCUCUUGUCCUUCUCUUCGCCCAUACUGUCGCCAUCUCUCCUACAGCCCGAGCCGUCCUCCAUCCAACCCGGAAGCCCAGCCGUCCCCGCUGCAAACAGUCUUUUUGGUAGCCCAUGGAGCGCUGGUGCCCUCGAGAUGGCUCGCGCGAACAAGAUCGAUAGCACAUUCCCGUGGAUUGUUACUGGAAUUUCAUUCCCCGUCAUGGCUUUCAAACAGUUCGUCAACGUCGUGCAGCUAGUCAAUGCUAGCCGGUGGCUGGCACAAGGCGAUCUUGAGGCCCGCCGUGCCAACCGCAAGAAAUAA